GCCACGUUUCGUCAAACAUGACGUAGCUAACAGGAGACGUAGUCGUCCGGGUGGGAGGCGCCGUAACCAGGACAAGUAUUGUGAGCACGCUACCUCUAUGUGACAUUUAUGAUUUUCCGUCCGUGCGGACCGUCUGUGAGAGAGUUACUCAUAAGCAUCACAGGUCAUGGAUCUCAGUGUCAGCAAACUCGCACAGAGGUUGACUGUAGCAAGCCAGUCUCACCUUCUGCAGUUCUGGGAUGAGCUGAGCCCCGAGCAGCAAGCUGAACUGACCCUUGCCCUGCAGGGAAUGGACUUUCAAGAGAUCAAUGGCUUCUUCAAGAGCGCCAUGGAGACGUCCAGCAGCUGCAAACAGGAAAAGAUGGACGCCCGCAUGGAACCAGUGCCUCGGGAGGUGCUAGGGAGUGUGACGAGGGACAAGGAGAGUCUGAAAGACUGGGAGCAAACAGGUCUUCACCAAAUCUCUCAGAGCAAAGUGGCCGUUUUGCUGCUGGCUGGAGGCCAAGGAACCAGACUAGGGGUCUCUUACCCUAAAGGCAUGUAUGACGUGGGGCUUCCGUCACACAAAACCCUCUUUCAGAUCCAGGCUGAACGCAUCCUGAAGCUACAACAGCUGGCUGAACAGAAGCACAACGUCAAGUGCUGUAUUCCCUGGUACAUUAUGACCAGUGGGAGAACGAUGGAGUCCACAAAGGACUUCUUCUCGCGGCAUAAAUAUUUUGGCUUAGACAAGAACAACAUCGUCUUCUUUCAACAGGGCAUGCUUCCAGCCAUGGACUACAAUGGCAAGGUCAUCCUGGAGAACAAAGGAAAGCCCUCCAUGGCUCCUGAUGGGAAUGGUGGUCUUUACAGAGCUCUGGGGAGCCAGGGCAUCAUUGACGAAAUGGAGCAGAGGGGGAUCCAGUUCAUCCAUGUGUAUUGUGUGGAUAAUAUCCUGGUCAAAGUGGCUGACCCCGCCUUUGUUGGUUUCUGUGUGCAGAAGGGAGCGGACUGUGGCGCUAAGGUGGUGGAGAAAACCAAUCCUACAGAGGCAGUGGGUGUUGUCUGCAAAGUGGAUGGGCUUUACCAGGUGGUGGAGUACAGUGAAAUCACACUAGCGACGGCCGAGAAGCGCAGUGCUGAUGGUCGACUGAUGUUCAACGCAGGAAACGUGGCCAAUCACUUCUUCAGCUUUUCCUUCCUCAAAGACAUAGUAGAGAAGUACGAGCCACAGCUGCAGCACCAUGUGGCCCAGAAGAAGAUCCCAUUUGUGAAUGUGCAGGGUGAUUUAAUCAAACCAGACAAACCAAAUGGGAUUAAAAUGGAAAAAUUUGUCUUUGACAUCUUCCAGUUUUCCAAGACUUUUGUUGUUUUUGAAGUUUUGAGGGAGGAUGAGUUCUCCCCGCUGAAGAAUGCUGACAGUCAGGAUGGAAAGGACACACCCACCACAGCCAAACAUGCCCUCCUGUCGCUCCAUCACCGCUGGGUGCUCAACGCUGGAGGCCACUUCAUCGACGAGAAUGGCACACGUGUCCCUGCCAUACCCAGAGACGGAGCAGCAGCCACUGUCACAGAUGAUGGCAACAGAAACUUGAAGGACGGAACUGACCUGCCAAUCAAAUGUGAGAUCUCCCCUCUGGUGUCCUAUGGGGAGAGGUAAGUGGACCGAGCCUGAUGAAUGAAAUAAAAAAGCCAGAUGUUUUUCUAAACCUGAAAUAAUCAGUCUGCAUGCCUCCUAAAAAUGACCCGAUGCUGUCUGUACUUCUUAAAGGGCCUUGAAGAGCUGGUGAAAGGACGAGAGUUUCGUCCAACACUGAUGAUCGACGAGCUCGGAGUGCACGAGUUGGUGAAGAACGGAGUUUAGACAAAUUUGAAAGUGAGCAAGAGAGAGAAAGAAAAUCCAAAGACCAACCUUCCUUUGUGUCUUUUUUUACGGAGAACCCGUAAUAUCAUCUCUGUGAAAUAAUAAAUGUCGAUAUCAAGUGACAUGAAAACAUGUCAUCCGUAAAGGAAUGACUUGAGUAAAAUGAAGUGUAUUGUUUACAGCAUUAAGUUUUCUGUAUGUGUCAAUGUUAUUCUCUGUCCUACUUGUUUUGCGGAACACUUGAACACACCAUGAAAUGAAGGACAAAAUCCCGUCAGCCAGACUGGAUGAAGCAGUCUUAAGGGGCAUCUAAUUGUUUUGCUUAUAACACUUAUUUUUUUAUGUUUACUUAUAGGUGUAAAUUACCAUCUACUCAUUUAAUCUGAUGAUUUUUAUACAGUAGUAGACUAACAUGAAAUUACAGUACAGCAAUUUUUUACUACAUGUAAUCACGGUACAUGGUUAUGGGCUGGGGUAUUUAUAAUAUUUGCUUCUUCGCUUGUGGUCACAAAAGAGAUAGUCGGCUUUAAGGAUAUAGGGAUGCUUUCUAUCCUUUUUAUUAAAAACAUUUCCCACAACAUA